UCCUCUCGCCAAAGACAGGUUCUUCAUUUGGUUCUGGACUGCAAGAAGCAGGUUUUGAUUGAUGCAAACAAAGGCCGGCCAAGCUGAAAGUGAUCAUGGAUCUCCAAAACACAACGUACAUAUCUAUUCAAGCCAACUGCACGGUGGACACCAGCUACCGCUUCACCUACUACAAGAUCUCCUACAGCGUGAUCUUCAUAUUCGGCGUAGUCAGCAAUGCCACAGCGCUGCGGCGUUUCUGCCGGAUGCCUCAAACCUUCACAAGCACGGCCAUCUACAUGGCCAACCUGGCCACUGCAGAUAUCUUCUUUGUGAUCUCUCUCCCCCUGCGAAUCUAUUAUUACCACAACAAAGCUGCUAAUACUUCCAACCACACCAACGACUGGUCUCCAGGAGGUGCUUUCUGUCAGCUGACCUUCACGUUGAAGUAUAUCAGCCUAUACGGAGGAAUCUUCUUCCUGGUUUGUAUUGGAGUAGACCGCUACUUUGCCGUGGUUCACCCUCUACAUCAGCACCUGAGGAAGGUUCGAACCGCCCGUAUGCUAAGCGUUGGGAUCUGGUGCCUGGUCCUGGCCCUAAGCCUCACCCUGCCCUUUCUAUAUUCGGCGGCAUCCCGAUGGAACAAGCCGUGCCUCUUGGAUCCUACUUCCAAACGCCACCGUACUAUAAUCCUAGCUGCUCUCGGCUUGGUCCAAAUCGCCUAUCUGUUGCCCGCAUUGCUCCUGCUAAUCAGCUACUGCAGCAUACUCCGUGUGCUCUGCAGGCUGCCGCACCGAAGGAAGAUCCGGCACCGACGCACACUCACCGUCAUCUACUGGGUCCUGGUGGUCUUUUUUGUCUGCUUUACCCCUUAUCACCUCAAUCUAUUAGGUUACACUCUCACACAGGUGGGCCUUGUACAGAGCUGCGGCCUGGCUCAAGUCACGAAAGUGCUCCAUCCUGUAGUGCUCUCACUGGCCAGCACCAAUUGCUGUCUAAACCCCCUCAUUUACUAUUUUUCCAGCAGCCUGAUUCACAAAGAGCCGACUGGCAGUAGAGGAAGUGCUAGUCAAUGAGGUCUUUGCUCAGCAACGUCACAGACUCUAAACUAGAAAUGGAUGUAAUGGACCAUGAAAAGUUUUAAACAUCAUUUAAAGGACUACUCUGCUAUUUCUUGUUGCAGAGUAGCUAAACUAAGUGGAAUACUUGCUAAACACAUGCUUCAGUGAUUGAACGAAGGAAACAAUCCACAUAAAUGGUAG